GCCCGUGUGUUCACACUGCGGAUUGCAGCGAAUUCGCUCAUUUGAAAAAAAAUAAAACAUGGCUGGAAGAGGUGGUUAUGAACACGCUAGAGGCGGAUACGGUGGGGAUCGGGGAUCGAAGCAGUUGCCCACGGAACCGCCCUAUAUCGCAUUCGUCGGCAAUCUGCCGCAAGGCCUCGUGCAGGGCGAUGUGAUCAAAAUAUUCCAGGACUUCGAGGUGAAGAACGUGCGGCUGGUGAAGGAUCGGGAGACGGAUCAAUUCAAAGGUUUCUGCUAUGUGGAGUUCGAGACACUGGACAAUCUGGAGCGGGCGUUAGAGUGCGACGGUCGGAUAAAACUGGACGAUCUGUCGGCGCCGCUGCGCAUCGAUAUUGCUGAUCGCCGGAAAAAUGAUCGCCCUGGUGGCGGUGUUGGCGGCGGUGGCAACGGCGGCAUGAGUCGCGGCGACGGCAGAGACGGUUUCCAGAAGCGCGGCCCACCCCGUCAGGGCGGCAGCAGUCAGUCGUACAGCCGGGGAGGUCCUGGCACGGGCGGCGGUCGCGACGGCGGAUCGGGUAAUCGCGGCGAUAGUAGAGGUUCGUACAAUGAUAGUUAUGGUGGUCACAAUGAUAGAAGUCGCGGCGGCGGCGGCAGCGGCGCGGGCUCCGGCGGUGGCAUGAAUAGAGGAUACAAUGAUCGGCCGGCAAAUCGAGGUCGGUACGGCAACUUUAACAACGACGAUCGGUUCGAUCGCAACCAGGAUCGCGACCGCGGACAGCGGGAAGGCAGCUAUGGCAAUCAGUCGCGCGACGGCGAUCGCUACAACAACUUCAGCCGGCACCGCGACCGCGAGCGCACCCACUACAAUCCCAACCAGCAGAGUGAACGUCCCAGCGGCGGAAUGGGCGGCCUGGGCGGCGGAUCCGGUGGAUCAGGAGGUUUGGGCGUCGGCGUUUUCUCGAUGGGCGUCAUUGAUGACAAUGAACGGCCUCGCCUGCAGCUGAAGCCACGGACCAUUGCCGCACCAAUAAACGCGGUGGCCGAGACCAAGCAAUCGGCCUCGAUCUUUGGCAACGCCAAGCCGCGCGAGGAGAAGCUGAAGGAGCUGCAGCAGAAUGUCAAUCACAACGGCGAUAACUAGAGGGCAGAAGUCGGUCCGCAAUAUAAUAUGCCUGAUAUGAUAUUUUGGUGUGCGAGAGAGAUGGAGUGGAAAUCAGCGACGGAUGGAUGGAGAGUGAGGAUGAGGAUUAGGAGGAGAAGAACGAGGAGAAGGAGGAACAGAACGAGCAUCAGCAGCAUGCAUAUAUAAACACAUACAUUAAUUAAUAACACUACGCUACAUACCUAUUAUAUACGAAAGAUAUGUACUACAUUACAAGAACUAAGCUGAAACAACAGGCUGGCCUCUAUGUCUCUGUGUCAGUGUCCAGUGUCAGUCAGCAAGCAACUUAACAGCAGCAAAAGCAGCAGCAACAUUAGCAGCAACAACAGCAGCAGCAGCAGCAGCAACAACAGCAGCAGCAACAACAGCAGCAGCAGCAACAACAACAACAACAGCAACAUCAAGAAAAAGCAAAAAUCCAAGCAGCAACCAAGCAACCCUAACCCUUCUUAAAAUUUGCAACAGGAACAUCCGAAUCAACAAUGGAAAGUCUAUGAAUGUUAGUCCAUAAGCCGCGAUAAACCUUAGUCUCGUGCAUAUGGCCAAUAUAUAUAGCAUAUAUAUAGUCUAUGUGCGAUUCAUGUACAGCAGCUGUAUGCACGCUGCUAUUUGUUAGUUAAGUAAUGCAAAACCAACAAAACAAAAAACAAAACAAAAGUUCUACCGUUAAGGCAUAAAUAGUAAACGAAAAACAAGCAAAACAAAACAAAAAAAUGAAAACAAUAUAAAAAAUGAAAAAACUCGAAAAACAAAGGAAAAAUCGAAAACAAAAACUUUUUUGACAAAACGUUCAGCGUAGCAGGCAGGCAAUUUAUACAGUUUAUAUAGCAAAAAAAAAAAAAAAAAACAUGAAAAAGAAAAAUCGCAAAAAAAGAACACAAAGAAAUACCGAAAACAAUUAUUGAACUUAUAUACCUUAUGAGAAAAACACCAAUUGCAGAUCUAAUAACAAAACAAAUCGCAGAGAAGCAAAACACCAACUACGUACGUAAAGAAAACAACAAAAACACAGACGGCGAAGUAAUCCUUGAAGAUUAAAUAGAAGAAAUACGCAGAAGCAGCAACAAUAACAGCAACAAGCAACUUUAUAUACAUACAAAAAAGCAAUCGACUGCAUAGGUUUUAUGUAGCUAAAGAAGAAAAUCUAAGAGCCGGUCUCUCAAAUGCCAAGAUAAAGAUAAAGAUAAAGAAAGGGUUGGCAGGAUCACAAACCCCUGAUUCAGCUGGCUAAUUCUAAUCUUAAAUGGCACUCGUGGACCGACUCCAAGUCUAAGACCAAAUUGUACGAUAAUUAUUGUCUUUUUUUUCCACGCUUUAAGUUUUACUCUUUAUUCCCGCUUCAUUUGUAAGAACCUUAGCUUUGAUUACUUCCUCGCCUAUCUCUGUACUUUUAUUUAAAGAAAAAAAUGAAUUCUCGCGCACUCAGAUCUGAUUUCUUUGUAGAUAACCCUUGAAUAAGACGCAAAAAAUAUGAUAAAAAAAACAAUGUAUAUUAUUAAUUGUUGUUUGUGUGUUUCGAUUUUUCUUUGCAUCCGCAAUGUACGUAAGCGAAAAGCGUUUUUCCUUUCUUAAUGACCUUCUAGUUUCCUCACAAGUUUUUUUUAAACCAUUUUUUUGUACCUUGCAAGAGCUGAAAAAACGCGAAAGUUGUAAAUUAAUUUGAAAAUAAAGCAAAAAAAUUUACAUAAGAAUGUACCGUUUCGGUUUUGGUGUUUUCCUUCGGACUAAUCGGAAUUGUUUUUUCGGAGUGCGGCUCAAAAAAAAACAAAAAAGAAAGCUCAGCACUUUGUACAUACAAACAAAUAAUCAUUUCCCCCCCGCGCUCCCAAAUCCUGGGAGUAACAAUUGUUGUGUUGUCCUGUCCGAAUCGGCUGUCCUGCUCCAGAUUUCGGUACCGAGUUUGAUUGCAAAUUCCCCCCCAAAAACUGAAAAAACAGAAAAAACUCAAAAAAGCAAAAACACGAAAAACCAAAAAAAAGCAAAAACACAAAACGACUUGACCGACAAGCUAAACCAGAGUUAACCGCGACCAGCAGGCGCAGCAAAGAAGCAAAUAGAAAUACAAAUGAAAGUAAUGUGUAACAGUUAAAGUAAAGAAUUACGUUUAAUAUACCUUUAAAGCUAAAGAUAAACUUAACACUUAAUUUUUAGCACUAAUACCGUAAGCAGUCAAGUAUUUACACUAAACGAAAAUGGACAAACAAUAUUUGUAACUCCUCAAAAAAAUAAACAAAUGAGAAAAAUAACGAGAUCGAGUUGACAACUUACUUAAAUGCUGCUCUAAACCUAAUUAAGAACUUUGAUAUGCAUUUUAAAACGCCCAUAAAGACAAAGAAUUGUUUAAAUUACGAUUAAACCAAAAGCAACACUAAAACGAGAAUUUAUACAAAGCAAGAGUUAGACAUUAACUUACAUCAUAAAACAUCUAUAUAUACACAAAUAUAAAUAAUUAUACGCUAUGGUUAAUGACGAAACUGAUCGAGUAAGCCAAGAUUAAAUAGCAAUUCUACUCUUAGCAACCGCAAUAAAUUGAAACAAAAAAAUAAUAACCGAAAUUAGCAAGCAGUUAGAGGAAACAAACGUAGGCGAGAAUGAUGAAUAAAUUUUUACCAAUUACCAACACCAGCAAAAAUCGUAAAAUGCUAACUUCAUGUAACUUACAUAACAAAUUUAAUAUAAAUAAAUCAACAAAGUAAAGUAAACAGACAACAAGAUGAUUAAUUAAGUAAAUGAGAAACGAAAGCUAAACAGAAUUCACAAUCCAUACACAACAUUAUAACGAAAUAUAUAAAAAUAUAUAUAUAUAUUUUUUGUUGUUUGAACAUUUUGUACGAUACGUAUAUAUACAUAUAUAUACACAUAACUAAACAAAUAAAUAAAAGAAAUUAUAAUACAACAAACCGUUUUUUGAUUAAAAAACUUUCCGAUCUUCGGUUGAAAGGUAUUAGUGUCAAAAGAUUAUUAGAGGUUUUCGGAUAUUAAGGAUUUCUGGAGCUAUGAUAAAUUUUUUCAAUAGGUUUUUUUUUUAAGUUGGUCUUACCUAUUCCAUUUUAGUUUAGAAGGCUUGUAUCAAAUAAAACACGACUAGUUUUUCAUUUGCAUAACAAAUUCAAUUAAAUCUCAUUUUAUUUCAGUUUUGUUUGUUUGUUUUUUUUUGUAUUUUUUUUACAAUUUAUUAAGCUAAAGUGUGAAAAAAUUUCGCUUUUAAUUUAUAUAUAUAUAUAUCCUUUGGUUUUUGUAUUGUUUGUUUUCUUCAUUUAUUACAUUACAAUAUUUUUAGGUUGCCCAUAUAUCAAUUUGAUUUAUUUUGUUUUCGCUUUAUUAUAAAUUGUUUUGUCGUUCUUUUUUUAUUUAAAUUAUACAUAAAUUAUGCAACUUGUUUUAGAACUAAAAAAGCGUUAAUUAUUUAUAUAUAAUGAAAAUAAAAAUCGUUCACUUUUUAUCUCAUUUUCUUUGGGCUUUUUCCUUUGCAUUUGCUUUAUUUAUGUUUUAGUUCAUAUUUUUUACAUUUAGAUGUUAUUGUGCAGUUUUGGUUUCCUUUUUUUUUUGGGUAUGCUUGUUUUUUUUUUAUUUUAUUUUGAAUUAACUAAUUAUAAUUCAUUUCUUUUGCGUAAUAAACUAAUUCAGGCGUUUGUUUCUUUUUAUUUUAUUUUAAAUACAUUAAUCGAAUAUAUCUUUAUAAAAACAAUUUUUGUCUGUCAGUGUGUUUUACGAGUGUUUGUUUUGGUUUUGGUUUCCGGUUUGUAUUUUCCCAUUUUCCCGUUUUGUUUUUGUUUUUGUUUUUAAUAAAAAUGAAUACAUACAAAAAUUGUUGUUGUGUUUCAUUUGUCCCAUAUAGAUUUCCCAUACGUUGUUAUAAAAAAAAUAUAUAUGUAGGUAUAUUUAUAUUAAUAUGUGUGUGGCUCAAACUUAAUGGAUUAUCUGUGGUUGGUAAAUACACGUAUUCUGUCGACAAAAAAUUGAUAACAAGAGGCUGGCUUCAAUCGAAAAUCGAAGGCUGUGCCCGCGAAAACAUUUAAAUGUAUGACAGCGAUAGCCGCAUUUCGUAUUAUUUUGCAAGAUUUAUUUAUUAAGAGUAUCGCUAAUACAAGUUAAUGUUCCUUUAAAAAACUAGAAAACAAAAUGCAGAUCGUCUGCCUGUCUGUAUGGGGCUGUGUGUGUGUUUGUGUGUGUGUGGUUGUUUCUGUUGCUCUGUAUCUGUCGGUUUGUCAAGCAAAUGGACAUAGUGUUAUACUACACAUACUGUUAUACUGCUACAUAAAUAUACUCAUAUUAUCAUUUAUAUAUAUAUAUAUUUAUAUAUAUAUAUACAUAUAUAUAUUUGUAUAUAUAUAUACAGUCGAUUUCUUUUUAGUAGAAAAGUGGCGGGUGUCAUAAUUUUUUAGCAUUUCUUUUUUUUCUUCGUUUUUUGUUUUUCGGUAUUUUAGCUGCUUUUACUUGAUCGCACAUACAUAUAAUCUAUACAUAUUCAUAUGUAUCUUUAUCAUCUUUUACGGGAGAUUCUCGGUGUCUGUGUGGGCGUGUGUGUGUCUGUGUCUGGUGUCCGGUUGUCCUACAGCCAUCUGAACCACUAAGAAUUUGUAGCCGGGGAAGUUGCUAUCAAAUAGAGUUGCUCGACAACGGCUCUGGAUCGGAGGAUAUCGGAGUCCGAGGGCUCCGUAAACUGGCUGGGAAAUCAGGAUGAGCUAAUAAACGCAUACAAGGACAAAAAGAAGCCCGAACUCUUUUAUUUCGGCUAAUGCGCCUCUCUCCGCGCUUCUCAUUGCGGGCGGCUAAGCUUCGGUUCGGAAUGAUGAAUGGAGAGGAUUUAUACUCAAGGGGUCCGUCUGUCUGUUCGUGUCUGCACAAGCGAGAGAGAGAGAGAAAGGGGGGAGAAAUUACUGUGUUUUAGUGUAUGUGUGUUGUGUUCCUGUAAGAGUCAGACAGCUAGGCAGAUGUAGGCAUAUGGCAGGCAUAUAUAAAGUCUUUACAAAGACAUCAUCAGUUGCUUCGGUUUCUCACUAAUAAUUUACUUCAAUUUGUUGAUUUUUUUCGUAUUCGUCGUUUGCUUAAAUUGUAUUUGUAUAAAAAAAAUAUGCUAACGGUGCCUGUGUCUUUUCGUAAACGUCCUUUCGUAAUCUCGCUAAUUUGUUAUUUCAGUUUUUUUUCUGUUGCCUUAGUUGAGACGUCCUUUAAUAUGUAUAUUUA